GGAAGGAUCUAUUCCAUUGUGUUUUUUUUUUCCACUCCACACAAGAUGUUAAGUAUAAAGGGAAGCUGUGCUGAGUGAGAUGUGGGCAGUGUUGAAGGCUGAACCUGGACUCGAAACCGGUGUUGGGUUUGUUUUUUUACCUGUAAAGCAGUGUGAGGUAGAAGUGUCGCCAUGGGUGAACUCUUCAGGAGCGAGGAGAUGACCCUGGCCCAGCUGUUUCUCCAGUCCGAGGCAGCCUAUUGCUGUGUCAGCGAACUGGGAGAACUGGGCAUGGUCCAGUUCAGGGAUCUCAACCCUGACGUAAACGUGUUUCAGCGUAAAUUUGUCAACGAAGUGAGGAGAUGUGAAGAGAUGGACAGGAAACUGAGGUUUGUGGAGAAGGAGAUUAAGAAAGCCAAUAUCCCAAUGGUCGACACAGGAGAAAACCCGGAAGUCCCGUUCCCCAGGGACAUGAUCGAUCUCGAGGCCACCUUUGAGAAGCUGGAGAACGAGCUGAAGGAGAUCAACACCAACCAGGAAGCCCUGAAGAAGAACUUCCUGGAGCUGACAGAGCUCAAACACAUCCUGCGUCGCACGCAACAAUUCUUUGAUGAGAUGGAGGACCCCAACUUGCUGGAGGAGUCGUCUGCCCUGAUGGAGGGCAGUGAAGGAGGCCGCGGGGCCCCGCUCAGACUGGGGUUUGUGGCAGGGGUCAUCAGUAGGGAAAGGAUCCCAACCUUCGAGAGGAUGCUGUGGCGAGUGUGCCGUGGAAACGUCUUUUUACGUCAGGCAGAAAUUGAGGAUCCCCUCGAGGACCCCACGACGGGAGACCAAGUCCACAAGUCAGUGUUCAUCAUCUUCUUCCAAGGUGACCAGCUGAAGAACCGGGUCAAGAAAAUCUGUGAGGGGUUUCGCGCCUCUCUCUACCCCUGUCCAGAGACCCCCCAGGAGAGAAAAGAGAUGCUGGCUGGGGUCAAUACCCGUAUUGACGAUCUCCAGAUGGUGCUGAACCAAACGGAGGACCACCGUCAGCGGGUCCUCCAGGCGGCCUCCAAGACCAUGAGGGUGUGGUUUAUCAAGGUGAGGAAGAUGAAAGCCAUCUACCACACGCUCAACCUCUGCAACAUCGACGUCACCCAGAAGUGUCUGAUUGCCGAGGUGUGGUGCCCUGUUUCCGACUUGGACUCCAUCCAGUUCGCCCUGCGCCGUGGCACGGAGAGGAGCGGCUCCACAGUGCCCUCCAUCCUCAACAGGAUGCAGACCAAGCAGACUCCACCCACCUUCAACAAAACCAACAAGUUCACCUCCGGUUUCCAGAACAUUGUGGAUGCUUAUGGCAUCGGGAACUACCGUGAGAUCAACCCAGCCCCAUACACCAUCAUCACCUUCCCCUUCUUGUUUGCGGUCAUGUUUGGAGACAUGGGUCACGGUGUGCUGAUGACAUCUGCUGCUCUCUACCUGGUCCUACGAGAGAGCCGCCUCCUCUCCCAGAAGAGCGACAAUGAGAUGUUUAGCAUGGUGUUUGCCGGUCGUUACAUCAUCCUUCUGAUGGGGCUCUUUUCCAUUUACACCGGCAUCAUUUACAACGACUGCUUCUCCAAGUCACUCAACAUGUUCGGGUCGGGGUGGAGCGUCCGACCCAUGUUUGGCCCAAAGGGGGCCAACUGGACGUUUGAGAUGCUCGAUAGUAAUGCAGUGCUCCAGUUGGACCCGGCGGUUCCCGGUGUAUUCAACGGGCCUUAUCCACUUGGAAUCGACCCAAUCUGGAAUAUUGCCACCAACAAGCUGACCUUCCUUAACUCGUUCAAGAUGAAGAUGUCUGUGAUCCUGGGAGUCAUCCACAUGUUGUUUGGAGUGUCUCUCAGUCUCUUCAACCACCUGUACUUCAAGAAGCCACUGAAUAUCUUCCUGGGCUUCAUCCCAGAGAUUGUCUUCAUGUCCAGUCUGUUUGGCUACCUCAUCCUGCUGGUUUUCUACAAGUGGACAGCCUACGACGCCCACUCCUCCAAGGAUGCACCCAGCCUGCUCAUCCACUUCAUCAACAUGUGUCUCUUCAACUACAACGACCCCACCAACAAGCCCCUGUACCGGGGACAGAUGGGGAUCCAAGUUUUGUUGGUGCUGAUUGCCCUUGCAUGUGUUCCCUGUAUGCUGAUUGUGAAAACUAUGGUGCUUCGGCGUCAGCACCUGUGGAAAAAGCACCUGUCCCAGAAGAGGGAAGAAACCCCAGCAGAGAAUCUAGAGCAGUCUUUAGAGCAAACAGGCGUGUCCUCAUCAUGCACCGGACUCACCCAACAGGGCACGCAGAAAUUUGGAGGGGUGCGGGUGGGCAACGGGCCCACGGAGGAUGAGGCUGGCAUCAUGGACCACGACCAGCUCUCCCAGCACUCGGAGGAGGGUGAUGAGCACUCGGAGGAAGAGCCGUUUGACUUUGGCGACGUAGCGGUCCAUCAAGCCAUCCACACCAUAGAGUACUGCCUUGGCUGCAUCUCCAACACGGCCUCCUACCUGCGCCUCUGGGCCCUCAGCCUGGCCCACGCACAGCUGUCAGAAGUGCUGUGGUCCAUGGUAAUGCACCUGGGCCUGUCCUCCCGCAGCGGGGGCGGGUUCUUUGGCCUGUCAAUCAUCUUCUCAGCCUUCGCCACCCUCACGGUCUGCAUCCUGCUCAUCAUGGAGGGCCUAUCGGCCUUCCUGCACGCCCUCCGUCUGCACUGGGUGGAGUUCCAGAAUAAAUUCUACACGGGCCAGGGUUUCAAAUUCGUUCCCUUCUCCUUUGAGAGCAUCCUGGAAGGCCGAUUUGACGAAUGAACAACCCUCACUUGCUCCAUUUUAAUCAACGGGAUUACCAAACUCUCUCUCCCCUUCUUUUUGUGUGCAUGAUAAACAUAGCGCUCUGUCUCCUUCUAGUGGCCAUGUGGUGUAACGUUCCGUGAGUUAACGCCUCUGUUUUGUUUUUUGUUGGGUUUUUUUUUUCGUUUCGUUUUUUUUUUAAAGAAACAACUUAAAGCUGCUGCGAGAAGUUUUUCCCUGGUUAUUUAUCGGUCUCAAUUCAAAUUUAGAUAUCGAUCAACAUAAUCAAAUGAGGCCAUCAGCGAGAAGAUUAGAUAUUGCCAUAUAAUGAGUUCAAAAUUAGGGCAGGGUGAUAGGGGAAAAAUCAAUUAUUAUAUUUUUGAUCGAAUACUGCGGUAUCGAUAUUUUGGCGAUAUUGUAGAGAUGACUAUUGGUUCUCUCACAAAAUAUUUACACAAUGACAUUUAUGAUAAACACUCAUUAGUAAUGUGGAUAUGAUGUCCAAACAGGUAAAGACAAAUAAUAUAACAGCUAGAACAGUAUAAUAAGUCCAAAAAAUUGCUACCUUUUACUGUGAUGCAGCCUUUAAAACCAGGAAAAGACAACACUUAUGUGAUAUCACGAUAUUACGAUAGCCAAAUUCCCACAUGAUAUCUAAUCUUAUAUGAAAAUAUCGAUAUAUUAUCGAUAUAUUGCCCAGCCCUAGUCCAUAUGCUUGUCCCCGGGUUGGGCUCCCUCUGAAAUAUGAUUUACAGCACACAGAUGGGAUGCAUAAUCUUAAUUAGAUGCAUUACUUCAUUGCUGUAUAUCUUGCGAACGCCUGCUUUUUUCCCAAAACACUACUACGCCUCCCACUCCUCCCUUCAAAGCAAUUGCACGAGCUAUCAAAGGGUGAAUGGGGAUCUUUGCAACAUGUGGCAGUGCUUAUGGGAAAUGGAAGUCGACCUUCUGAGAAACACAGACACUUUACUCAACAGGGGCGCACAAAAUCAACAAAAAUCCAGAAUUUUCUCGCAGUAGCUUUAUACCCAUUUUCUGAAAGAAGGAAUACUCCAUGUCCUCCCAAACUAGGAUGCAAAACACAAACAGAAAAAAUCCAAACAGUUCAGGUCAAAUAUCAGCAUAUAGGACAAAAAAAGAAGAUACUAGACUUUGAAAAAUGCAUCUUUUUACCAGUAUUAAACAUCGUCUACAGAUGGCACACAAAUGAAAAUACUUAGAAAUGACCUGAUAAGCAUUACACAAAUGGUGACACAAACUACCAACAAAGUGGCUGAUUAAUCAGCCCCACAUUUUUUUUCCAGAACAUACAAUCUCUACAUACAUGUUGCACCUAAUAACAACACAUUACUGUCGUUAAGUUGGGUGCACCGGUGAGGCAGCUACUGUAAAGUUUGCCUGGGCUCCAGACAGGCCUAUUUUGUCCAGUAAUGUCAUGGACAAGACUUUGGGCAACAGAGCAUUCCUGAAUCUCACAGAGACAAUUGCUCUUGCCCUCCUUCCUCCUCAUCCACCUCCUCACAUUCCCAGUUUUUCUUUUUCCGUUGCUCUACCCAUUGUCCUAAACCAUAUGCACUCGCUUACAGUAUGACCCUUUCUGCUCUGCUUUCUCACCAAACAAUGAGGCUUGUUAGUAUUUCCUCCUCGGGGACUGUGUGUGUGUGUUCACCGUGUUGGGAUCCCAUGGAAACGACAGAAUAUCUGUAAUCCGACCCCCGUGUUACAGUAACGUCUAAAAAUGCAGCCACUGUGGAAACCCUUCGUGUUUACUACAUUACUGCUGCAUGAUCAAGGAGGAAUUGCUUUGGCAAAUUUGCAGUAGUUGACUUGUCAGGAGCGUGCCGAGGUCACCAUGAUGGCCAUACAGCGUGGCUGCAGGAGCAGCAGGGGUCUUACACCACAGCUACCACUGUGUCGUAAGUGUGUUUUAAACAUAGUUAUAUAUCUAUAUAUUUAUAUAUUUAUCAGAUAUCAAAACAUUGAUCCUUUAUGACAUUGCUGCAUCAUGUCAGUUUAUUCCCAGGUUAUCCUAUGUGCUGUAGAUGUCACUUUUUUUUAUUUUUUUAUUUUUUUUGGUGGCCCUCCUGUGUUCAUGUUUGUGCAUGGUUGUUGUGAACUACUUGGAGUAUUCGUUCAUUGGAAUGGCUGUUACACAUAUAGUGUCAAAUUUAAAAAAAAUAUAUCAUUAAUGUGAAACAUUAAGAUGGAGAAAUCAACAUUAUAAUCAUCAAAAGGCAAGAUAAAGGAGAACCCUGAUGAAAUCAGUAAUGAGUUAGGAAGUUGUGUCUGGCUCGUCAUUGCCUUUGUGGACAUAACCGUUAUUCUUCUUAGUUGUGGUACCUUUUUCUCUGAGCUAACUAUGAAUAAGAGGUGCAGCACUUAGGUGUCCUUUUUUAAAAUUUAAGAAUGGCCUUGGGAAUAUUGAAGCAUAUUUGUGUGUACAAAUGCAAACUGAGGUACAGAUUGAACACACAACUGUUAUCCGAUGAUUAAAAGAAAAAAAAGAAGAAAAAAUCAUGACUGUGAGCCCCAUUUUAUCAUGUUCCCACAAAUUUAUGUAGUGUGGUCAGAUUUGUUGUGAUCCCAAUUGUGUGUGUGUGUGCGUGUGCAUGAGUGUGUAUCUGUGUGUGUGCAUAUGUGUGGCUAAAUGACAGUGAAAUUGUGGUUGUUUGGCCAUGACUGGCGCCCCCACAGUGUAACUAGUGACCCGUCAGUCAAUACGUUCAUGUGGAAGUGGUGUUUGUGAUCAAUAAUAAAGUGAC